UGUAUUUGUUCACAACACCUCAUCCAUGGCACUUGUGAGAGCAGCUCGGAAAACCUCCUCUUCUUAAACUUGUCGGUAUUUUCAUUAUGACGUGUUCCUGAGUUUCAGACAAGAAAACCAAAGGCCCAAACAAACAAGGGAACCCAUAACAAAUCGAGGAAUAAUACAUACAAGAUGAGAACUAAUUUUAAUUUCAAAAUCGCAACUAGCCCAUAGUUUAUUGGAGCAUAAAAUUUGGAUCCCGCAAGAUCGAAGUGAUACUAGGCAGAAGUUUCCUGGCAAUGGCAUGGCAGUUUACUUGUUCACAAACCUCCAUGGCACUUGUGAGAGCAGCCGAUCCACAAACCUCCUCUGUUUCCAGUACUUCUCGAUAUUGUCGUUAUCACGUGUUCCUGAGUUUCAGAGGCCAAGACACUCGCAAGACUUUCACUGACCACCUCUACACGGCCCUUGUCAAAGCCGGAUUUCGCACUUUCCGAGAUGACGAUGAAGUCGAGAGGGGAGAAGGUAUCAAGCCCGAACUGCAGAAAGCAAUCAAACACUCAAGAACUUCUGUUAUUGUGUUUUCGAAAAACUACGCGUCGUCCAGAUGGUGCCUUGACGAGCUCGUCAUGAUCCUUGAACGCAAGAGGAUCUCAGCUGACCAUGUCGUUUUACCUGUCUUCUACGACGUGGAUCCAUCCGACUUGCGGAAGCAGAAAGGAGGUCUUGCGGAGGCAUUUGCUAGACACCAAAAAACCCAACCGUCGAACAAAGUGAAGGAAUGGAGGGAGGCACUUGCAGAGGUUGCAGAUCUGGCAGGGAUGGUCUUACAAAAUCAAGCUGAUGGACACGAGUCAAAGUUUAUCAACAAGAUUGUUCAAGUGAUAGGAGAAAAACUACGACGUAGACCCCUAAGUGUUCCCCACAUCAUGAUCGGAAUGCAUUCUCGAGUCAACGAACUUAAUUUAUGGUUACAAUAUGGUUCAGAUGAUGUCAGCAUACUUGUAAUUUAUGAUGGGAUGAGUGGAAUAGGGAAAACAACCAUCGCAAAGACUGUUUACAAUUCAAACUUUAGAAUAUUUGAAGGAAGCAGCUUCCUUGAAAAUAUCAAAGAAGUUUCACAGCAACCCAAUGGCUUAGUUCAAAUACAAACACAACUUCUUUCUAACAUUUUGAAUGGGAGAAAAAUGAAAAUAAGCAAUGUUAGUGAGGGAUUAAUUAAGAUUGAAGAUGCAAUAAGCUCUAAAAGGGUUCUUCUUGUUCUCGAUGAUGUGGAUCAUAUGGACCAAUUAGAUGCAAUAUUUCAAAUGAAAGCUCGAUUUUAUCCAGGAAGUAAAAUCAUCAUAACAACUAGGCGUGCAAGAUUGUUAAAGGCUCAUCAAGUUACUAAGGUGUAUGCAGUUGGAACUUUGACUCAAAAAGAAUCAUUGGAGCUCUUCAGUUGGCACGCUUUUGGCCAAGACCAUCCUGUUGAAGAUUACAUAGAAUAUUCAGAGAAGCUAAUCGAUCAUUGCGGAGGACUUCCAUUAGCUCUCAAAGUUUUAGGUUCUUCUUUGUUGGGGGAAAGUAUAUGUCUAUGGAAAAGUGCAUUGGAGAAGUUAGAAGCUAUUCCAAAUGGUGAAAUAAUAAAUAAACUAAGAGUAAGCUAUGACUCUUUGCAAGAUGACCAUGACCGAAAUUUAUUCCUCCACAUUGCUUGUUUCUUUAUCGGAAAGGACAAAGAUUACAUUGUUAAAAUACUAGAUGGAUGUGAUUUCUAUCCAAUUGUUGGCAUUCAAAAUCUCAUCGAUAGAUGUUUGAUGAUUAUUGAUGAAUGGGACAAGGUGCAAAUGCACAACCUGAUUCGUGGAAUGGGAAGAGAAAUUGUUCGCCUAGAAUCAAAUGAACCUUGGAAACGUAGUAGAGUAUGGUAUCAUAAGGACUCUUUCAAAAUCUUGACAGAAAAGAAUGGUACGGAAACAAUUGAAGGUCUUGUCCUCGACAUGCACAUGUGCCCUACUAUAAACUCAAAUGAGAAAGUCUUGGAAACCAAUGCAUUUUCAAGGAUGCGGGAACUAAAACUACUCCAUCUUAGUCAUGUACAACUUAACGGAUCUUAUGCAGAAUUUUGUACAGGACUAAGAUGGUUGUGUUGGACUAAGUUUCCUUUGGAUUCUAUACCCAUUGAUUUUGCUUUGGAAAGCGUUAUUAUUCUUGAAAUGCAAUACAGUGGUCUAAGACAAGUAUUCAAGGGAACAAAAUGUCUUCUGUCCUUGAAGAUCCUAGAUCUGAGCCAUUCUCAUUCACUUACAGAAACCAUUGACUUCUCAUAUUGCCCAAAUCUAGAGAAAUUGGUUCUAGUAGACUGCACGAGCCUGAUUGAUGUCCAUGGAUCCAUUGGAAACCUAGAGAGACUUAUUUACUUGAAUAUGAAAGAUUGCAAAAAGAUUAGGAUGCUUCCCAAGAGCAUUUGUAUGCUAAAAUCACUUGAAACAUUUAUUAUAUCUGGUUGCUCAAAUCUUAAUGAGUUAUCAAUUGAGAUGCUGAGGAACAUGGACUCGUUAAAAGUGCUUGAGGCCGAUGGAAUUCCGAUACGUGAAUUAUGGCUAGAAAGAAGUUCGAGUAUCUUAGGUUCUUUACCAUGCUCUUUAGUAGAAUUAAGUCUUUGGGGGUGCAAUCUUUCAGAUGAUGUCUUUCCUAUGGAUUUUAGUAAUAUGUCCUCAUUGCAUAGACUAAAUCUAGGGAAUAAUCCAAUUAGUAGCCUACCAAAUUGUAUCAAAGGAUUAGCGAGGCUCGAUGAACUCUCUUUUUGUAAGUGUACAAGUCUCAAAUCACUUCUCGGGUUACCAAAACUAAAGGGCUUGAAUAUCGCAUAUUGCAUAUCAUUGAAGAAAAUAACGUAUCAAUCCUCUUCAUCCCUGAAACAUAGGACCACAGUAGGUGACAACGACAACCUAGUUGAGUGGCAGUACAAUUACAAGUUACAACCCAAUGGAAGUGUAGAUGUAGAAAUGAUCAACCAACACUCGGGAUGGAGCAACUUGUUGGAAUCAAUGGCACCCAUUCGGGUGUACACAAAUGGCAGAUAUUUAGGAAAGGUUGAUCCAAUUCCAAUCCAGGAACUGCAUGAGGAUGGUAUAUUCAGCGCAUUUUUUUGUGGGAAUGAGUUUCCAGGCCAAUUCAGCCAUAAAAGUAGAGGGUCCUCAAUAUCUUUUGUAGUGCCUUUGCUUGAUAAUCACAGAAUUAAAGGCUUGAUCGUCUGUGCUGUCUAUGCGAGUUCUGAUUUUCCUUACAAUCAGAUGGCUACUAGAGUCAUAAAUAAGAGCAAGGGUCUGAAGUGGUACUAUAUGCCAUCAGCCUACGACAUUCCAGGUGAAGGAGAAGACAUGAUAUGGUUAAGCCAUUGGAAGUUUAAGGAUGAGCACUUAGAAGGUGGCGAUAAAGUGGUUGUUUCAGUACGUAUGGAACACUUUCAGGUAAAGGAGUUGGGGAUCCAGUUUGUGCAGGUGGAACAAGAGAAUCAUAAUAUGAUGAGUCCCACCGUUUAUCCUGUUGAUCCACGGGUGAAUCACCCAGGAGCAUACUUGUUCAAUGAUGAAGAUACAAUAGACAAUGAAGAAGAGCAACAAGAUGAUCCCUCAAUUGCAGCCCCCACAGGUAGUAAUAACUGCAGCAGCUGCCUCCAUGGCUGGAAGGUGCUCAUCACCGCAGCUUGCAAGCUCACGCUUUCUCUCUCACGCAGACAGAAGCAACAGCCAAAAAGCCGGGGCUGA